AUGGCCGAUCAAAUCCCCGAGUCUCAGCCCUCUCAAACCCUCCCGGCACCGUUAUGUGGCAGCGAGGAUAUGAAACCCGGAGACCAGCUGAAAGGAAAGCUUCUGGCCAAACUGUUGACCAUAGAGGCCAAGAAUGAGCCUGUUAUCCGUCCUGGCUUGCGCCAUGACUGGGACUCGCUGAAGUUUUACACCAGAAUCAACUCUUCAUUGGCCAACGUGGAAGCAGUCGUCAUGCAGUGCGUGGGUAGAGUGAUCACGGAUCCAGCGCUCCAGUCGCGAAAAGUCCACCGGAAGUUGAAGACCUACACCGACGAAGAGCUUGAGGAGCGCGAAAAGGAGGACGAAAAGUUUCUCUCUAAGGUCAUUGAGCUAACACAAAAGUCGCGGGAAUUGACCCGGACCAAGAGAUUGGCCAAUGCUCGACUUCAGGACCUAGCUUCGAAAGAUGAUUCUCUCUCUACCGAGAAAAAGAUGCGAGAACCGGAAGGAUUCACUGAGUUUAUCGAUGGCUGGGUGGAUGAUAUAGAUGGUAGAGGGGAUGAAGCGCAGGAAUUGCUUGAGGAGUCAUGGAGGUUGCAGAGGAAAGAGUCUAGGCGACGUAGAAAGCUGCUGAGGAGCUCAACAAAAGGGCUCUUCUAG